UUGUGUACGGGCGUCUGGUCUUUCGAACUAGUACGGUUAUUAUAUUUGUUUGUUGUUCCGAUAUUUUAUUUUUUCGGUUCUGUUUUUCUUCGCUCGGUUCUGGCUUCAUGAAGUAAAGUGGACCAAAUUUCAAAAAUAAAAUAAAAAAACUUUAUGUUCAAGUUGUGUGUUGGCGUAUGUUGUGUAUUUUAUGUAUGAAGUGAAAUGAAAUGAAAAAAGAAAUUAUAAAUAAUGAAAAAGUCUUGCAUACGUUUUUUUUAAGUUUUUUUACGAGAAAUUAACAGAAGGAAAAUAAAAUAAUAAUAGAAAAAGAAAACUACCUACUAAUAGGCCAGACGCAAAGGGUGUGUGCGUGAUUGCGUGUGUUGCGUUCAUUCGAAAGUGUGCGUGAGUGACUGCGUAUGUGUAUACGUUACAUGCAGAGUUGAUCGUGAAAUUUUUGUUUUCAUAAUUAUAAACAAAAAAAAUCUAUAUAAAAAGAAGCGAUCUUUAACAAUUUGUUUUUAUAUUCUACGAUUUAUACAUGACGUGCCUUUUACGAGAUCAAUAUGUGGUCGUACAAUUUUCAAUCUAUUUCGUUUGAAAAUUUCAAUGAUUUAAAACAAAAAUCACAUUCUUUGAGUAUGCGAUAAAAGGAAAUGUGAAAAAAAUUGUGUAAGAAGUUCUGUUUUCAACGAAAAUGCAUUAAAUUUUAUGAAAAAAUAAAGUAAUUAAGUUCACUAUAAUGUUGAAACAACAAAAAAAAUAUAUUUAACAUAAAAUUGAAAAUGAAAGUGACAUCAGUAUGAUUUAUAAUGAUCCAUACAGGGUAAAACAAACUACAAAAAAAGAAGAUCAAAUAGUAAAAUCGGAAACAUGUGAUGCUAAAAAAUAAAUAAAAAAAUGAGCAUAAAAAGUGCCUUCUUAAUAUUUUGCUCUUCAGAUAUUUUUAUUUCCAAACAAACUAAAUCCAACCACAAUAAAAACAGCAAACAUAAAAAUAACGAACAACGAAAAUUUGUAGAUGAAAUUUUACAAACCAAACAAAUCGAACUAGAAUCGAAAAGGGGAUAAAAAGAGGAAAAUCCUAUAGAGUAUAGUUUUGAAAACAAAAAAUUAAAUGUUUAAUAAUUUUUAAAAUGCAAAAGCCUAUAAAAAAUAAACAAAAUCUUUGCAUAAUCAAUAUAACAACGGAAUUGAAUUUCAAGUGUUUGUGUACAAAACAAUAUACAACGACGAAAAAGCGAAAAUGCCACAGAGUUGCAUUUUACUAUAGUAAUUACAAAAACGAACAUUUCAGUGAUAUACAAAAACAACAACAAAAUGAUCAGCAACUACGCUUAACUAUGGAAGUGUCACGAAAAAGAAAGUAUCAGAAAAUUUCAACUACGAUACGAUAAUAUUUACGCGAUUAAACAAAUUCUAUAUAUUACUUAAAAAAAAACAAAAGAAAAACAUUUUCUACAACAAAUACAAAAACAACUUACAAAAAUAAGAUCGCCUUAUAUUUAGCAUUAAAACGCUGAUACAUUUAAUUAAAUUCAACGCUCCUAGCACUAAACUUCACUUUCAUUUUAUAAAGUGAAGUUAGUCGGUUUACAAUUGUUGGCGAACAAUGUUAGAUAUAUUCCGUGGAUUGAAAAACCUUAUAAAGGUCACUCACGUUAAAACCGAUUCACCAGUAUUUCGUUUGCAUUACUCUAUAACUGUGAUGAUAUUGAUGUCAUUUUCCCUAAUUAUAACCACACGUCAAUAUGUUGGUAAUCCCAUCGAUUGUGUUCAUACUAAAGAUAUUCCAGAAGAUGUUCUCAAUACAUAUUGUUGGAUACAUUCGACAUACGCGCUUAAAAGUUAUUUUAAGAAAAAACAGGGCGUUUCCGUACCGUAUCCGGGCAUUGGCAAUUCCGAUGGGGAUUUGCAUGAAAAGAAACACUAUAAAUAUUAUCAAUGGGUGUGUUUUUGCCUAUUUUUUCAGGCAAUUUUAUUUUAUACACCAAGAUGGCUGUGGAAGUCUUGGGAAGGUGGCAAAAUUCAUGCACUUAUCAUGGACUUAGAUAUAGGAAUCUGUUCCGAAGCCGAGAAAAAACAAAAAAAGAAAUUACUUUUAGAUUAUUUAUGGGAAAACCUAAGAUAUCACAACUGGUGGGCGUACAGAUACUAUGUGUGCGAGUUAUUAGCACUCGUAAAUGUGAUAGGUCAAAUGUUUCUUAUGAAUCGAUUUUUCGAUGGCGAAUUUAUGACAUUUGGCUUAGAAGUGAUAAAGUAUAUGGAAGACGAUCAAGAGGAUCGCAUGGACCCCAUGAUUUAUAUAUUCCCUAGAAUGACCAAAUGUACAUUUUUUAAAUAUGGUUCUAGUGGGGAGGUGGAAAAACAUGAUGCCAUAUGCAUAUUGCCAUUAAAUGUUGUUAAUGAAAAAAUCUAUAUUUUCCUUUGGUUUUGGUUCAUAUUAUUAACACUAUUAACAUUAUUAACACUGAUAUACAGGGUGGUUAUUAUAUUUUCACCACGUAUGAGGGUGUACUUAUUUCGUAUGCGAUUUAGGUUAGUGCGUCGAGACGCUAUAGAAAUAAUUGUUCGUCGUUCAAAGAUGGGCGAUUGGUUUUUAUUGUAUUUAUUAGGCGAAAACAUAGAUACGGUUAUAUUUCGAGAUGUUGUACAGGACUUAGCCAAUCGUUUAGGACAUAACCAACACCACAGGGUGCCUGGACUAAAGGGCGAAAUACAAGAUGCAUGAUAUUGGGAGUAUUAGAAACCAUACAAAAUGCAAAACGUUGUCUCCAUCUAAAAAAACAGUAAAACUUCAAUGAAACUACCAAAAAAAACAAACAAAAAAAUCCAAAAAA